CAUAGCAGGAACUGUCAGGAUGGUGUGUAGUCACAUCGUGUGUGUUGUGUUGAUACUCGCUGUGUUGGCGACGUCACACUCUCAGGCUGCAGAUGUGUGCCCUCCAGAGGGUUGCAGGUUUGGGGGUGUUGACACCGUUAAUUGCAACAGUCCUGAUUUGUUAACAUUCCCAUCAUUUGAAGCAUGCAAGUCUUUCACGUUCAUGAUUAUCGGAUUAACGGGUACAUCAGUAAAGCUGAUUCCCGACUCUUCCCUCCCCGCUAAUUUACAAAAGUUAUCUAUCUUUGAACACGAGCCCCUGAGUUUCUCCGAUCACGCGUUCCACAACUGCGCACAGACAUUGCGCAGGUUCAGUCUGGAACAAAUCGGACUCACGAAGCUGCCUGAUGCGCUUCUAGAACUCACCGCCCUGGAAGAGUUCCAUCUCUGGGACGAAACGGAAAUUACCGACUGGAACUUGCCGGUCUUGAAAAACAUCGGCCGGACGGUCAAGGAUCUUCUGUUACACAACACAAGCCUAAACUCUUGGCCUGAUUGGCUGGUGCAUUUUGUCUCAUUGACCUAUCUAGAUAUAGCCAUGACCUCCAUGACCCCAGUUCCAGACGACGCCCUACACCAAGUCUCAGACACACUGAAAAUCCUGUACAUGCGCGCAACAAACUUGACCCGCGUCCCUAAAGCCUUCGCCUCGCUGACCGCCCUCACAGAGCUCUACCUGAACGAGAACCACAUCACCAAAGUCGAUAACACCCCGUCGUCGCUACUUAGUCUAUAUUUAGAAAACAACGGUAUUACGGAAAUAUCCGAUGACACAUUCCCUCAACGUAAUUCUUUCCUUACUUUAAACUUAAGACAAAAUCCUAUAACGAGAAUAUCGCCUAACGCCUUUCUACAUCUCAGUUCCUUAAAGGAAUUGUACCUGCAAGACACCUGGCUCUCCAGGCUUCCUCUGGCACUGUCACACCUGAGCAGUCUGGACCAGCUACUCAUGGCCGUGAACUCACGUCUAGUCUGCACGUGUGAGGAGUCGGGUCUUCUCCCUUGGUUCAGUUCCAGACCCAACAUGUACGUGCAGGGAACUUGUGGGGAUAUCGAGAUCAAAACUUUCUUUACGUUACUAGCCGGCAGUUGUCCGGGUCAUUAGCCGGCAGUUGUCCGGGUCAUUAGCCGGCAGUUGUCCGGGUCAUUAGCCGGCAGUUGUCCAUGUCAUUAGCCGGCAGUUGUCCAGGUCAUUAGCCGGCAGUUGUCCAGGUCAUUAGCCGGCAGUUGUCCAGGCCAUUAGCCGGCAGUUCUCUUUGUCUUUAGCUGUCAAUUGUCCAGGUCAUUAGCCGGCAGUUGUCCAGGUCAUUAGCCGGUAGUUGUCCAGGUCAUUAGCCGGCAGUUGUCCAGGUCAUUAGCCGGCAGUUGUCCAGGUCAUUAGCCGGCAGCUGUCUUUGGCCAUCAUUUGUCUUAGUCAUCAAUCCUUUAACUUUCCGGCACCUGUCCUGAUCUAAUUACACCACCGACACACGUAAAAUAAGAUUCACAUAAAUAGUCUUUAUAUUUGAGCUUAAGUGCUUCAAAAAAGAACUUAAAAAAGAAAUUGUAUUUUACACGCACAA